GACGUCAUGAGGGUCUGGACUCUGCUGUGGACGCUGCUGUGGACUCUGGGGCUGCUGCUGAAGGAGGUCCAGACCUGGAGCUACCAAAACGGCAUAUUCCACAACUCCAUCUGGUUAGAGCAGGCAGCUGGAGUCUACCAUCGAGAGUCACGCAAAGGGAGGUACCAGCUGACGUAUAAAGAAGCCAUCGCCGUGUGCAAAUACGAGGGGGGCGCACUGGCCACUUACGACCAGCUGGAGGCAGCGCGACAGAUAGGUUUCCAUGUGUGCUCAGCUGGAUGGUUCGAUAAAGGCAGAGUCGGAUAUCCCAUAGUCAAGGCCGGAGCAAACUGUGGAUUUGGGAAAAUCGGCAUCAUCGACUACGGAUACAGGCUGAACAAGAGCGAGAGAUGGGACGUGUACUGCUACAACCCCGACGCCAAAGAGUGCGGAGGCGUCCUGACCGAGCCGGAGAGGGUGAUCCAGUCCCCCGGUUUCCCCGAGGAGUACCAGGAUGAGCAGAUCUGUUACUGGCACAUUCGGGUCAAACUGGGGCAGAGGAUUCACGUUCGCUUCCUCGAGUUUGACGUGGAGGACGACACAGACUGCCUGGCCGACUAUCUCGAGAUCUACGACAGCUAUGACGACGUGACUGGAUUUGUUGGCAGAUUCUGUGGGGAUUAUCUGCCAUAUGAUAUUUUAAGCACAGGAAACGUGAUGACACUGAAGUUUCUGUCCGAUGCUUCAGUCACUGGAGGAGGCUUCCAGCUGCUGUACAAAGCUGUCAAUGCAUCAAUGGUUUCACACAACAAGGAUUAUUUUAACUGAUACUGUUUGAAUAUGCAGCUUACUGUACUGUUUUAUCUGUUUAAA